AUGGCACUUGCCCGACCAAUUCGCGCCCUCAUCGUUGUAUCGAUAUUCCUGUGGUGCUUCUUUCUCUACCAGAUCUUCGGGUCCUCUAGCCAGAUCCGGCUCCCAGAGCGUUUCGGCCAUGAAACGGAUCCAAUAUUAGACCCAACGGGCGAACCCGAAGGGACCCUGAUGUACCCUUCGGAUGAAUACAAGCCGGGCAUUCCCAACUCGGCACGAAUCAAUGCGACGAUCUUGGCCUUGGUUAGGAAUGAAGAGCUCCAUGGGAUGCUUCAGUCAAUGAGGGAUCUCGAACGGACAUGGAAUCACAAGUUCAACUAUCCGUGGACUUUCUUCAACGACGUCCCCUUUACGGAAGAAUUCAAGGAGAAGACAAGUGCUCUGACGAAUGCAGAGACCCGAUAUGAACUCAUUCCCAAAGAACACUGGGACAUGCCAUCAUGGAUUAAUAACGACCUAUAUGAGGAGUCUGUUAAGACACUCAAAAAGAACAAAAUCCAGUACGCCGAUAAGCUUUCGUACCAUUCCAUGUGCCGUUGGAAUAGCGGCAUGUUCUACAAGCACCCCGCGCUCGAGAACGUGAGGUAUUACUGGCGCGUCGAACCCGAUGUCCACUUCUUUUGCGACAUCGAUUACGACAUCUUCCGUUACAUGCAAGACAAUAAUAAAACAUACGGUUUCACCAUCACACUAUACGACGCUCCUAAAUCCAUUCCGACAUUGUGGCCCGAGACGAUCAAGUUCUUGGCUCAGCAUCCCGAAUACCUCCACAAGAAUAACGCCCUGGACUGGCUCUCCGACAGCCUUCGCCGGCCCGAACACAACAAGCAGGCCAAUGGGUAUUCAACCUGUCAUUUUUGGAGCAAUUUCGAGAUUGCCGAUAUGAACUUCUGGCGGAGUAAACCGUACGAAGACUAUUUUAACCACCUGGACCGCGCUGGAGGGUUCUUCUACGAGAGAUGGGGUGAUGCGCCUGUCCACAGUAUCGCGCUUGGUCUCUUCGAGGACAAGAGCAAGAUACACUGGUUCCGAGACAUCGGCUACCAGCAUAUCCCCUUUUUCAACUGUCCCAACUCGCCCAAGUGUCGCGGGUGCGUCACGGGCAAGUUUACAGACGGCGAGUCCUGGCUCCACCGGGAAGACUGUAGACCGAACUGGUUCAAGUAUGUCGGCAUGGAUUGA